AUGAUCGUCGUCGGACUCAAUUAUCGCAAGGCACCGCUCCAUUGCUUCCCUACUUCCGUCUUGGACAUCGCUGCAGUCGCUCGUGCAGUCAUUGAUGACAAGACAUUGAACAUUAACAAAUCUCGCGUGGUUCUGGCUGGAUUCAGUGCUGGCGGCAAAUUAGCGUUGACCUCCUGUCAACUUCCUGAGCUCCAGGGCAAGAUUACUGCAGCGAUCUCGUACUUCCCUAUAGUCGACUGGAGCGCACCGCCACAUGCCAAGUGGGCCGAACGACUGUACACAGAGAAAGCAAGUGAGUCGUUAAGUACCGCUGGUCCGGCUCUGGACUGGGCAUACGUUCCCGCCGGUCAAGACCGCAAGGCAAAAUUGCUCAGCCCGUGUUACGCGGAGCCAUAG